UGUAAAUAAUGAAGUUUUGGGUGGCUGGUGCGUUAUUUUCAACAACCUAAAACCCCUAAGAAAUUGCGGGGAGCAACGUUUUUCGCAAAAAAUUAGAAUGUUCAGUUAGAGAAUCGCUCAUCUAAUGGCUCGACCGGCCGAUGAAGACGAUGCCGGAAACCGGUCACCUCCGGCCUGCGGUGGGCGAGUUCAUCGAGACCGGCGGCUUCACGAGCUGGGCAUCUCCUGCGCGCUCAAUACGGAGGUGGGCAUGAUGCUCGCGGUGAUUCGUAGCCCUACAGACGCCACAGCGGCCACCACCCUCCCCGGCGGCUCCGAAACCGACUCCCAUAACUCCCUACUCGUCAAAUCCCUCCAAUCCUUUCGCUCCCUCAUCUUCCAUCCCCUCCGCGGCAGCUGGUACUCCCUCGACCCAAUGCUCUACCUCUCCCCUUUCCUCGACAUCAUACAGAGCGAUGAUGUAACCUCCGCCUCCACCAACGCCUCUCUGUAUGCGGUUCUGAAGAUAAUUCGUCUAGAAAUCUUCGGCGAACUCACCGCCGGCGCCCGCGAGGCAAUCCAUGCCGUAGUCCUGGCAAUAACCAAUUGUCGCCUGGAGCUCACCGACCCUGCGUCGGAGGACUCCAUCCUCCUGCGCAUACUUCAGCUGCUCGUCGCCGUUGUCCGCUCAAAAACCUCUGCCCUCUUAACGGAUCAUGCCAUCUGCACCAUUGUCAGCUCCUGCUUCCAAAUCGUUCAGCAGUCUGCCACGCGGGGUGAUCUCUUACAGCAUAGCGCUCAUCAAUCAAUGCUCGAUCUUAUCGAGGCCGUUUAUUCCCGUCUCCCCGAUAUGCGAUUCUCAGACGGCGGCUCCACGGAAUCCAGCGCUGAGGCAGAGGAAAAGUCCCUCCAUUUCAGCUACACCGCACAAUGUAUGAUUGAUAUAUUCUAUUUCCUGUGCUCGCUUCUGAACGUAGAAGAGCCCGCCGAAGCUGAAGCUGGCGACGUCAGCUCCAACGAGGAGGAUCAACUCUUCGCCCUCUUGCUCAUUAAUUCCGUUGUUGAGCUCGGCCGGGACAGUAUCAGCCAUCAUCCGGCUCUUCUCCACAUAAUUCAAGAUGAUCUCUUUCACCAUCUUAUCCAUUAUGGUACCCGAUGCGGCCUCCGCAUCUUCUCCAUGAUCUGUAAUAUUGCCUUCAACCUCUAUCAUUUUUUUCGGAGGUUUUUGAGGUUGCAAUUAGAGGCAUUUUUCAAGUUUGUGCUGAUAAAGAUCGCCAAGGGGAGUUAUGGAUCUCAGCUCCAAGAAGCGGCGGGGGUGGUAAGUUUCUGCAGGCAGCCCAAUUUCAUCAUUGAAAUAUAUGUGAAUUAUGACUGCGAUCCUAUCCGGCACAAUGUGUUGGAGGAAAUUGUAAGGAUUCUCUGUAAGACGGCAGACUCCAUGAGCAAUCCAAUCUCCUCGAUGCAGUUCCAGGCCUUCGAAGGCUUACUCGUCAUAAUUCACGACAUCGCCAACGGCAUAGAAAUCUGUGAAGCGCUGAGUCUAGAUGCUUACAAGAUCGAUGACUCGGAGUUCAAGUCUUUUUGGCUGGAGCACUGUGACGCGCACAAGGAUCCCGAGUCUUGGGUAGAAUUUGUAAGGAUGAGAAAGAUGAAGAAGAAGAAGAUGAUGAUUGCCGCCAACCAUUACAACAGGAACGAGAAAAAAGGAAUGGAUUUUCUGAGCAUCAGUCGGUUGGUGCCGAGCCCGCCGGACCCUAAAAGCAUAGCUUACUUCUUUCGCUACACGCCGAGGCUCGACAAGAACAAGAUUGGCGAUUACUUGGGCAUUCCCGACGGCUUCAAUGUCAAGGUUCUGAAGGAGUUCACGCAGACAUUUGAAUUCGAAGGAGUGAUUCUUGACACCGCCCUCCGAACCUUUCUCGAGACUUUUCGGCUUCCCGGUGAAUCCCAAAAGAUCCAACGAAUUCUCGAGACCUUCUCAGAAAGGUACUAUGAGCAGCAGCAACAAAAAUGUGAGAUUUUUACAAGCAAAGAUGUCGUCUUUAUUCUCUGUUACUCCCUCAUCAUGCUCAACACAGACCAGCAUAAUCCACAGGUGAAGAAGAAGAUGACAGAAGAAGAAUUUAUAAAGAACAAUCGGGCCAUCAAUGGAGGAAUGGAUCUUCCCCGAGAGUAUCUCUCGGAACUAUUCCACUCCAUCUCCACAAAUGCAAUCACCCUCCAUGAUUCCUCCAGCGCCGUCAUCUCUGAGCUGAACUCCAAUUUUUGGGCCAACCUCAUAAAGCAGUCAACUUUAGCGGAGCCCUUUAUACCCUGCGAAAAAAAUCACAUGCUAUGUCGGGAGGUCUUCAUCACCAUCUCCGGCAUUUCGGUUGCCACCCUCUUUAUAAUCUUCGAGCAAACCGAAGAUGAAAACAUGCUUCAAGAGUGCAUCGAAGGGCUCUUCUCGAUCGCUCGGAUCGCCAGAUAUGGUUUGGAGGACAUCCUGGACGAGCUACUAUCUUGUUUCUGUAAAUUGACGACCCUACUCAACCCCUACGCCGCCGCAGAGGAGAUUAUCUUCAGCUUCUCCAACGAGGCGAAGCCAAAAAUGGCAACACUGGCGGUUUUCACAAUCGCUAAUAAGUUCGGCGGGUCGAUUCGGGGUGCUUGGAGAAGCAUGAUAGAUUGUCUGCUUAAGCUUAAGAGGCUAAAGCUGUUGCCGCCUACACUUAUUGAGACCAGCGGCUGUGCAACUGAGGCCAACAUAGAUGAUGGCGGAAGCCGUCAUUCAAAAUCAGAGUCUGGGUUCGGUGUCAUCUUCCCAUCAUGUUCCCCUGCCAAUGACAGACCGAACGUGUCCGGGCUGGUUGGGAGAUUUACACAGCUCCUCUCCCUCGAAACUGGUGCCGAUUCCAUGCUGAAUGCUACGAGCGAGAUGGAAAACAAUCUGAAGCUAAUACAACAAUGCCGAAUUGAUAGCAUAUUUAUGGAAACUGCCCGGUUGCCACAAGAAUCAUUACAGAACCUUAUAAGGGCCAUACUCUUUGCUGCGGCUGGCAAGGGGCAAAAGUUCAGCACGGCAUUGGAGGAAGAGGAAACGGUUGGAUUCUGCUGGGACCUCAUUUUUAUCAUCAUAAAAACCAAUCGCCAUCGCUUUGCUACCUUUUGGAUGCAGUUCCACGAGAGCCUUGCGCUAGCGUCGCAACUUCCUCUGCUCUCGCCAUGCCCGUUUGCAGAGAAGGCGAUGGUUGCUCUGCUCCGGGUAGCAAUUCUAUUGUUUUCAGAGCCGCCGAGGCUACAAGACAGACAGCUCGAGGAAAUGCUUUUCAAGUCCAUUAAUUUGAUUUGGAAGCUAGACAAGGAUAUUGUAGACGCAUGCAAUGAGAGCGUGGCCGAGGCGACGGUAAAAAUCUUGAGCCUGUAUGCAAGGAGCGUGCAGACGGUGCUUGGGUGGAAGACGCUGCUCCACCUAUUAUCAGUGACGGGGCGACACCCGGAGAACUUUGAUCGGGCGGUAGAAACCCUAGUAAUCCUCAUGACAGAGACUGGCCUUGUCACCAGAAACAACUACGCUUUCUGCAUUGAGGCGGCUUUUGGAUUUGCGGCACUCAAGAUCAGCCCGGUUGAGAAGAGCUCCCAGAUUCUGCAACUCAUGGCCGAUUCCGUGAAGUGGAUCAUCCAAUGGCAAAAGUCCAGUUUUAACGACUCAGGCAGCUCCAAUACGUACAGUAAUAGCUCAUCAACAGAGGAAAACCUUAGGGCAGCGACGAACCUAUUCAUGAAAUUGGUGGAGGCAUUGCGGAAGACGAGUUUGGUGAGAAGAGAGGAGAUAAGGAAUCAGGCGGUGAUGGCGUUAGGGCGAUGUUUCCUAGAUGUGGCGGACGAGCUGGAGUGGACGACAGGGAGCCAUGCGUCAAGCUUCAACCUUGUGAUUUUCGCGAUGGUGGACGAUCUGCACGAGAAGAUGGUGGAGUAUUCGCGACGAGAGGGGAUGGAACGAGAGACGAGGAGCAUGGAGGGGACGUUGAAAAUGGCGUUGGAGCAAUUGGUGGAGGUUUACCUCUGUUUUAUGCUACGGCUGGCGGCUGACCCGGGGGGGUUCAGAAUCUUCUGGCUUGGAUUGCUGCGGAGGAUGGACACGUGUAUAAAGGCGAGCCUUGGGGAGGAGGGGAUGCCGUCGCCGGUGAUGCAGGAGCUGGUGCCGGAGCUGCUGAGAAGGAUGAUAUUACAGAUGAAGGAGAAGGAGGUUCUGGUGCAGGGCGACGGGAGUGAUCUCUGGGAAGUCACUAACAUACAGAUCCAGUGGAUAGCCCCAUCUAUCAAGGAAGAACUGUUCCCGGAAGACAAAUCGCUUAACGGUAGUUUAAUUGGUACGAUUAAUGCUAAUUUUUAAGAAAAUUAUAAUUUACAUGAAUAAAAUUUAUUGUAUUCAAUC